AAGAUGAAACUAAACGAUCAACGAAAAAGUCAUGACGAGAUUCCGGAAACACUUUCGUAUUCCUCUCUCCACAUACGAUGAGAGCUUCAAAAUUCAAUAUUAUAUAUACCAUCCUCAUCUCUAUAACAUGAGACUCUCUCCAAGAUGAAUACACUCAAAAACCAAAUCAAAAUGUCCACACCCACAAACCUCAAAGUCCUCAUCUCCGGCGCCGGCAUCGCCGGGCCGUGCCUCGCCCACUGGCUCUCUCGCACCCAUCUCUCCCCCUCCAUCACCAUCGUCGAACGCUCACCCUCUCCCCGCCUCACAGGCCAAUCAAUCGAUAUCCGCGGCCCCGCCAUCGACAUUGUCAAGCGCAUGGGCUUAGAAGACGCCGUUCGCGAGAGACAUACCACGGAAGAGGGGACGCGGAUGGUGCGUUCGGAUGGGAGGUCUUUUGCGCAAUUUGAAACCGGGGAGACGUUCACGGCUGAGUAUGAGAUUUUGAGGGCGGAUCUUUCGCAGCUUUUUCUGGAGGCGACGCAGAGGUUGGGGAAUGUGAAGUAUGUUUAUGAGGAUUCUGUUCAAGCGCUGGAACAGGGGGAGAAGGGUGUUGACGUGACGUUUAAUGGAGGUUCGAAGGAGAGAUUUGAUUUGGUCGUUGCAGCGGAUGGUUCAACGUCUCCGACUCGAUCGAUGAUCCUGGAUGAGCAUGUGUUGAGGGAUAGUUAUAACUUCCUUGGCCAAUAUAUAGCUUUUUUCAGUAUCCCGAGUCAAGCAAACGAUACAAAGAUGUGGCAUUGGUACAACAUCCCCAAAGGCCUUGCCAUUAUGACGCGCCCGCAUCGAACUUCGAAGACGAUAGGUGCAUAUCUAUGCAUCACAACUUCAGCCCGCGGGAAGCGGGAUCAGGUUGUUGAGGAAGCUUUAGAUAGCGGAACGGAGGAAACUAAGGAAAUGCUACACUCGUACUUCGAGAACACAGGUUGGGAAGCAAAGCGAGUUCUGGACGGGAUGGAUACAGCAGACGAUUUCUACAUGAGCCGCGCUGCGCAAGUCAAGCUGCCGAAAUGGACAAACGGACGCGCCGUACUGCUGGGAGAUGCAGCGCACGCGACGUUUGGUGUGGGGACGAGUCUUGCUAUUGAAGGAGCUUACUUGUUGGCGGGAGAAUUGGGGAAGAUUGAGAGUAGUGAAGAUGUUCCAAGGGCUCUGGAGAAGUUUGAAGGGGUAUUUAGAGAGCUGUAUAAGACGAUGGAAGACCUUCCGCCGGGGUUUCCGCAACUUGCGUUCCCGCAGACGGCGUGGGGAUUAUGGGUUAGGGAUACGUUGUUGUGGUUUGUGAGUAAGACGAAGUUGUAUAAGCUGCUUAAAGAGGAUUCGGGGAUGGAUUGGAAGAUGCCGAGGUAUGAUUGGAGAGAUGUUUGAGGAAGGGAUGAGUGUUGUUUUGUGUAAAGGGUUCAAGGGAGAAAUGGGACGGAAUUCCGUUAUACAGGUGUUAUAUAUUACAUAGAGC